ACGGAGCAGCCAGGCCUUGAUUGAGAGGAGGGAGGCGUGUCCGCCGCUCGCAAUGGGCGGCGAGGAGUGGAAACGUUGUUGGCGGGAAGGAAUGUUCUACUCCUCGAUGAAAUGCAAUGGAGGGUACUAUGAGGUGCACAGGGUCCGUGUGGCAUCGGGAUCGGGAUCGGCAUCGGGAUCGGAGUAUGACGUGGACUCGCCAACUGCUCAUCGUGCCCUCCUCCGUUGCCACAAUGCAGAUCGCGAUACCAAUCCCGAUGCUGGCCAGGCAAGCGGCAAUGCAUCCCGCCACGACCGUGCGCUCUACGAUGACGAUCGGUGCGGGGGGGGGGCGGGGAGGGUUAAUUGCAGCGACGCGAGCGGCGGCCACGUCAGCGGCGGCGGCCGCGACAUCAUUGCCAGCGCAUCGUCGUCGUGGCCAUCAUCAUCGUCUGGCGGGAAAGGGAUGAUGGAGAGCUCCUUCUUCGUCGGCGAUGGCGAGAGGGGCGGGUCUCAUGCCAUCGCCGACGUGGCAUCGUCGUCCACGUGGAAUGCGGCGGCGUCGGAGGGGUCGUCAGUUGGGAUCUCCGGCCCCAGGUCAGGUCUGGAUCAACGAGGAAGAAGACAAAGAAGGCGAUCGGGGUCCCCAUGUGUGCACCACGAUGAGAAGAGGGGCGGGGAGGAGGAAGGGGAUGGUGCUGCUGCGAAGGAGGAGGGACGUGCUUCUGAGGAGGAGGAGGAGGAGGAGGAGGAGGAGGAGGAGGGACCUCCUGCUGCUGCUGCUGCUGGGGUAUCCCCCAUAGAAUCCCCCAGUCGAAUGCGUGGCACGUGUUGGAAUGAGAGGGAUCGAAGUUCAAGUAGCAGCGGCUUGUCGAUCUUCAGCUGGAUUUGGCCGAACAGAUUGGAUUUUACAGUCGGUUUCUUCUGGUCGCCGACAUUCGUCAUACUCCUGAUUGCUUUGGGUCUGCAGGUUGAUUGCCUGCGUGUUGCUGCCACGUACGCGGCUAUCUUGGGAUUAGCCGCGGCGGUAAUCUACUGGAUUGUUCUAUGCACAAUAGUUGACGAAGAAAGGGUCGAGAUCAUCAAAGGAACGGGCAUUCAAAUAAGCACGCUUUAUCGUGGCGGGCAGAUGAAGCGGGAGUUUGUUCCGCUGGAGUCGAUAUUGGCAGUUGUAAUCAACGAAGCUGUGACCUUCAACAACUGUUUUUUCUAUCUUGCUUUGCUGGUGCGUGGAGAGGAUGAUUUGGUCCUCUUGUUCGAGCAUCUCCGCCCACCUCUCGAAGUCCUCAUCAGUGUCCGCCGGUCAUUGGCAGAGGCAUUAGGAGUGGAUGGUGGGACGAAAAGAAAUGAGAGUAGGAGAAACGGGGCUGUCCCAUCCUAGCCAUCUGAAAGACGCAUGAAACGUAGGAGCCAUUGAAGAGGAGGAGUUGGAAGGUGUGCGCUUAGAGAGAGCUCAAGCGCCACACUGAAGAUCUUGCCUUAACUCGAAGUGAUUAAUAUCGCCUCAGAGCGGCAAGAAGUGUCCAGAGCUCCAUGUCAACUGAUGGCCUUGUGAAGAUCAGUUUGUCAGUUGGAGCUUGCAAGGUCAGGGCAAACAGGGAUUGUGAUAUGAAGAGCCAAAUGAAAUGAGGUGGGAGCAUAGACAGCGAAAUAUAUCAGUCGGCUUCUGAUAGAAGUAUACACAUUCUUUCUGGGUCCUUGAGAAGGUGAGGGUUCAAGGCUUGCUGCCUGCCGGCUGAAUCUGGCAAGCCGCAGAAUGUUGUGAUGAAUUUGCUUUGGGAGGCAAAGCAAUACUGCGACGUUGUUCUGCUCAAUGGCUUGCCGUGGAGCGAUUGCAUUUCAUUCAGGUGGAAAAUUUCUCUCAUUGAGUUGAUGGCUGUAAUGAAACUUAGUAUUAAAU